GGGGUUGUCUGUUGUUGUAGCAACCGCCUCAAGCUGCAACAACGUGGAAGUUGUAGCUAUCUGGUGUUGCUUGUGUUGGUAGUAAUAGUAAAUAUUAGUUGAAGUAGUGAUAUGUUGUCUACGUCUAACGCCCAACGUCGAGCUGUGUUGUUUAUGUUCGUCUUGGAUAAAGUUAGCUAAGUGAGGACAAUACGCUAACGUUAACCUAACACUGCUUUAGCUUUAGCUGUAGCUGCCAGGCACAUUUGAAUAGCUGUGGAUAACGUUGCAAUUUUUUUCGUCAGUCCAGCGCUGUUUGUGCAUUGUGUUUUAGUUUACUUCUUGUCUGAUUAAGUAAAUAAGUUAGUUGCUCAACAUGUCGGCUGUCGGCAGCCUUGUCCCGGCGCGGUUCUUGACUAUCAUAGCUCACCUUGUUAUCGUUAUCACGAUCUUUUGGUCAAGAGAAAACAACGUGAAGGCUUGCUUGCCUUUGGAUUUCACGCAAGAGCAGUAUGACAACGAAGACAGAAAGUUGGUGGUGGCUCUGUCAGUCACCCUCGGUCUGUUUGCUAUAGAGUUGGCUGGGUUCUUCUCAGGAGUGUCCAUGUUCAACUGCAGCCAAGGUCUCCUGUCUACAGGAGCCCAUGCCAGUGCCUCAGUGGCUCUGCUUUUCUUUCUAUUUGAGCAGUGGGACUGUGACAUCUACUGGUGGAUCCUUGCCAUUUGCAGCGCAUCCGUAUCCUUGUCUUUCUUUGUGUUUGAGAAGUGGGAAUGCUGGACAUAUUGGGUUAUUUUUGCCAUCUGCAGUGUGCUACCUGCUUUUGUGGAGAUUUUUCUGUUCAUAGCUGUUUUCGGACUGAAGAAGAAGCCAUUAUGAAAGACAGUCCUGAUGUGAAAUGCUGCAAAGUAAUGUGGAUGUGGACAUCGGUCUCAGUGUAUCAGUAGAUACUGUGGCUACAAAAGGUCUGUGAUUCAUUAAUGAUGUACAGAGGAAUGAACUGAAAAACAUUGUUUAACUGCAUGUGCAUACACUGCACCAACAAACAUCAAAGGAAUAUACAAGCCACUGUCUGUCCAUAAUGUUUAUUUUUAUAUAUUUAUAUAUUUUGAAUGAAAUAGAUGCAGAAAAAGCAUACAUGUUAUUAUGUUUACUUUAAAUAUGUCCAUAGUGGUUAGUUUAGAAAGGAUGUGUGCCAGAAUAUGAGUUGUAACUUCCUUGUAACUUUGUCAAGCAAUAAGGGCUAAUUUGUUAGUAAACAUUGAUGUGAUUUUCUGUUCUCAGUCUGUCAAAUUUCCAUGGAAAAUCUAAGAAUGCUGUUGUAAUCCCAAAUACAUUUUGUACAAAUU